CGCGGCAAGCCGAGCUGCUUUAGCACAGCGGUUUACUGUGUGUUCACUUCCGUAUGGGAACCUGCAGCUAAAAACAUUAGCAUGGGGAGCACACCAGCAUGGUCAGUGAUGGGAGCAUGAUCCCCAGGCAGGCUUUAUUCUCCCAGAACCUGUACCAGAGCAGGUUUCUGACUGCUAUGUCCUCGCCAUCCCGGAGCUCCCAGAGCCAUCGUCGGUGUAAGAACAGGGCACGCUAUAGCCUCACGGCUGAGCAAUGCCCCCCCAUCGACCCCAACAACCCCUUAACCCUGCCACGAUCUUCUAGCGACCCAGACCUGGUGUCAACCCACAGCCGCUCCACCCUCACAGUCAGCACCUCGAGCUACAGCAUCGGCCAGCCUCAGGACAUCCUCAUCUGCUGGGACAUCAAAGAAGAGGUGGACGCCGGAGACUGGAUCGGCAUGUACCUGAUCGAUGAGGUUCUCUCCGAGAACUUUCUGGAGUACAAGAACCGUGGGGUAAAUGGAUCCCAUAAAGGGCAGAUUGUUUGGAAGAUUGAUGCCAGCUCAUACUUUAUGGAGUCUGAGACCAAGAUUUGUUUCAAGUAUUACCAUGGAGUGAGCGGAGCACUGAGAGCCACCACCCCCUGUGUAACUGUGAGAAACCCUUCUGCUAUUGUCUUGAAGCCUGUGAUGACUCAGGAUGUCACUCAGAGUCUGGGCAACAGGAGGCUCAUCAGCUUCUCCCUGUCAGACAUCCAAGCAGUGGGUCUGAAGAAGGGGAUGUUCUUCAAUCCUGAUCCAUAUUUGAAGAUUGCAAUCCACCCUGGAAAACACAGCAUCUUCCCUGCUCUCCCCCACCACGGUCAAGAGAAGAGAUCUGGCAUCAUCUGCAACACCAUUAACCCUGUCUGGAAGAGAGAGAGAUUUAACUUUGUCUCUCUGCCCACGGACGUUUUGGAGAUUGAGGUGAAAGACAAAUUUGCCAAGAGUAGGCCCAUUAUCAGACGCUUUUUGGGCAAGCUGUCUGUGCCUGUGCAAAGGCUACUGGAGAAGCAUGCUAUUGGAGACCGUGUGAUUAGCUAUGCUCUAGGCCGCAGGCUGCCAACAGAUCAUGUCAGUGGCCAGCUGCAGUUUCGCUUCGAGAUAACAUCUUCUAUUCAUCCAGAUGAUGAGGAGGUGUCUGUUAAUGCAGAUGGUGCUGUGACCCCUGACCAGCAGGAAGUGGAGGAGCUGAAUGUUGACCCACCAGCAACUGCUGACUUGGAUGCAAAAGAUGAAGAUCUAAAUGAGCUCAAUGAGAAUAUCUCGCUGGAUGUAGAGGCACAGAAUCCUUUGCCCCUAUCUUCUUCCACUAAACCUAGUUCUCCUGUUCAUAUUAUGUCUAGCACAGAGGAAUCAGAGGAGGCCGGAAAUCUAGAGGAAGCACCAAAUGAAGAGAACAGGCCAUUGGAGGAUUUGUCAUGCACAGUUCAGCUCACUGAACAUCAGGAGCAGAGCCCUGAGGAACCAGCUGAGGAGCUGGGAGAGGUGCAUCAUGAAGGAGAUGCAGAAGUUACAGAAGAUAUUGUGGAUGCUCAUGGAAAUGAAGCUGCAGAUCAAAUAGACACAAGAGAUAAGGAGGCGGAUGAAGAAGCUAUUAGGAUAAGGAGAGAGGUUGAAGAUACCAGAGAAUUGGAAGGAGCUACAGGCUCAGAGCAGACAGAAGUAAGAGAAGAGGGAGAGAGUGAGAGUGUAGAACCACAUUCUCCAAGGACAACAUGUAUGAUGAAGCGAAAGGCCAUGAAGCGCCGGCCUUGCUCGUUGCCUGUCUCUGAACUUGAGACAGUUAUUGCCUCAUCUUGCACAGAACCUGAGACGCCACGGUCGCACUAUAUCCGUAUACACCACCUCCUGCACAGCCUCCCCUCUGCCCAGCACGGCUCCCAAAGCCAAGACGAUGAGGAGACAAUCGAUCCAGACUCUUCUGAGGAUGUCAGUCUGAAACCUGCAGAGGAUGAAAAGGAGGUGGCUGAUGAGAAUGAGGAAGGAUCAAGCGAGACUAGGUCUCCAUCAAUAGUCCCAGAAUGUCUUGGACCUUGCUGUCGAAGGACUCUGCCUCCGAGCCUCUCUAUCGAACGGUUGUCUGAGCUCAACCAGCUCUUGGACGGCGAGACCCGCUCACGGUUAGAGAGUGAGGAUGGGGAAACUGAAAGUGUUGGAGGAGGCCACCGGGUUCACAGGGAAAGUGAGUGUGAACUGUGUGACACCUCCUGCUACAGCACCUCAUGUUAUAGCACAUCCUGUUACAGCACCUCCUGUUACAGCAACUCAGGUCACGAGGGACGAAACCGCUUCUGCAGCCAUACACGCUUGUCGUCUGUGGACAGUACACGUCUGUCAGAGAGCACCGUAUUUUCCUCGCAGGAGGAAGAGGAGGAGAACAGCGCCUUUGAGUCAGUAACAGACUCAGGACAGAGCCCAGAGGCAAGGGAGUUGGGAGACGUUUCCACCCACUGGAUAGAGGAGCAAAAUGAGGGAGGUCACUCUCAGUCUCCAGUAGCUGGACCCAGUGUUGGGUCACCAGACUGGGAGGCCAGGAUAGACAGUCAUGGCCGUGUCUUCUACGUCGACCACGUGAAUCGCACCACCACAUGGCAAAGACCCAGCCAUGCAACAAAGUGUCCCAGCAUGCACCGCUCCAACUCCAUCCAGCACAUGGAGCAACUCAACAGGAGAUAUCAGAACAUCCAGAGGACCAUGGCUACUGAGGACGAGUUUGGUGGCCAAAGGCUGGACAGCAGCAGCAGCCCAGAGUCCGAGAACGACGUCCCGUCUCAGCCUGCUGAUUCAAGGAGAGAAGGCUCAUCCUCACCAAUGAGCAAUCAGAAGAUCACUCUGCUACUGCAAAGUCCAGCAGUCAAGUUUGUCACUCAUCCAGAAUUCUUCACCGUCCUCCAUGCCAAUUAUGGGGCGUACCGGAUGUUUACCAACAGCACCUGCCUCAAGCACAUGAUUCUGAAAAUCCGGCGAGACGCUCGCAACUUUGAACGCUACCAACAUAACCGCGACCUUGUCACUUUCCUUAACAAGUUUGCCGACACACAGCUGGAGCUGCCAAGAGGCUGGGAGAUCAAAGUAGAUCCACAGGGCAAGUCAUUUUUUGUGGACCACAACAGUCGAGCCACCACCUUUAUCGAUCCCAGAAUCCCCUUUCAGAAUGGAAGUUUGCCUAAUCACCUCACACAUAGGCAACAUCUACAGAGACUACGCAGCUACAGUGCUGGAGAGGCGUCUGACGUGUCCCGCAGCCGAGGUGCGUCUCUCAUAGCCAGGCCUGGCAACAGCCUUGUUGCUGCCAUCAGGAGCCAGUACCAGAAUGACUCAGUGCCCUUAGCAUAUAAUGAAAAGAUUGUGGCUUUUCUACGCCAGCCGAACAUCCUGGAGUUGCUGCAGGAGAGGCAGCCUAGUUUGGCCCGCAAUCACACACUCAGGGAGAAGAUCCAUUACGUCAGGACUGAAGGGCCACAGGGGGUGGAGAAGCUGUCUUGCGAUGCAGACCUGGUUAUGUUGUUAAGUCUGUUUGAAGAGGAGAUUAUGUCAUAUAUCCCGGCUCACCCAUUCCACCCUGGCCUCAACUUCUCUCCGAGAUGCUCUCCUGGAACCUCACCUCAGAAUUCACCAGGACUGCAGAGAGCCAGAGCACCUGCUCCAUAUCGCAGGGACUUUGAAGCCAAGCUGCGCAAUUUUUACAGGAAGCUUGAAGCCAAGGGCUAUGGCCAAGGGCCAGGAAAAAUCAAGUUGAUCAUCAGGAGAGAGCACCUACUCGAAGGCACCUUUAAUCAUGUGAUGGCAUAUUCACGCAAGGAGCUCCAGAGGAAUAAACUCUACAUCACGUUUGUGGGAGAGGAAGGUCUGGACUACAGCGGGCCUUCGAGGGAGUUCUUCUUCCUGCUGUCUCAGGAGCUCUUUAACCCAUACUACGGCCUGUUCGAGUACUCAGCCAACGAUACCUACACCGUCCAGAUUAGCCCCAUGUCUGCCUUCGUAGAGAACCAUUUAGAAUGGUUCCGCUUCAGUGGACGUAUUUUGGGCCUGGCACUGAUUCAUCAGUACCUACUGGAUGCAUUCUUCACCAGGCCGUUCUACAAAGCCCUCCUUCGACUAGCGACUGAUUUGAGUGAUUUAGAGUAUCUGGAUGAGGAGUUCCACCAGAGCCUGCAGUGGAUGAAAGAUAAUGAUAUUACAGACAUUCUGGACCUGACCUUCACUGUGAAUGAGGAGGUCUUUGGACAGGUAACGGAGAGGGAGCUGAAGUCAGGAGGAUCCAACAUCCAGGUUACAGAGAAGAACAAGAAGGAGUACAUUGAGAGAAUGGCCAAGUGGAGGGUGGAGAGAGGGGUGGUGCAGCAGACAGAAGCGUUGGUUCGGGGUUUCUAUGAGGUGGUAGAUUCACGUCUGGUGUCGGUUUUUGAUGCUCGGGAGCUGGAGCUGGUCAUUGCAGGAACAGCAGAAAUCGACCUGAAUGACUGGAGGUCCAACACAGAAUAUAGAGGAGGCUACCAUGACGGACACAUCGUGAUUCGGUGGUUUUGGGCGGUGGUGGAGCACUUUAAUAACGAACAGAGGCUACGUUUGCUGCAGUUUGUGACGGGUACGUCCAGCGUGCCAUACGAGGGCUUCGCGGCUCUGCGUGGGAGCAACGGCCCACGCCACUUCUGCAUCGAGAAAUGGGGCAAGAUCACCUCUCUACCCAGAGCUGCAAUGACAAAAGGAAGAGGCGGCGGAUCAAAAGCAAGCCGCUGUCAGCAGGCAGUGCUGCACCGAGUUCAUAUUUCACUGGCACAGACAGAACCGACUUGUGUUUGGCAUUGCAUGGAAGAGCAUCAGCACAGACUGAGCUGAAUAAGUGCAAUAUGAGGGAAAAGCUAGUUCCAAAUUUGCAUAUUAUCAUUUAAACAGCUGCACUUUUUUUCAUUUUCAGCUAAAUACACACCACUGUACAGUGACUUGCAUAAGUAUUCAUCCCCCUUGAACUUUUCUAUAUUUUGUAAUGUUACAACCUGGAAUUGAAAUGGACUUAAUAAGGAUUAUAUUUCAUGAAUCAACACAAAUAGUCCAUAAUAUUGAAGCACGGGAAAGUUACUAUAGCUUGCAAAAUUAUUUACAAAUAAAAAAAGUUAUUGCGUAAGUAUUCACCCCCCCUUCAUAUGAAACCCCCAUGGAGCACCAUUACAACUUCACCCACUUCAAUAUUGUCUAUUUUGUGUAGAAUGAUGACAAGAUCCCACUUACGUCCAUUUUAUUUCCAGGUUGUAAUGUGGAAAAUGUUAAGGGGAGUGAAUACUUAUGCAAGCUACAAUAUAUGCUGAUAGCAAUGAUAUAAAACCUAUAAAAUCAGAAGCACUGAUUUUAUAGUCACUAUUCUUCAUAUAACGUGAGAAAGAAUGAUCUUUAAAUCUGCUUUUAUUAUUUUUUUAAUGCACCAGAGAAUUCUGAACUGAUGCAGAUCCUGGAAGUGCAUACCUGCAUAAAUUCACUUGCUUAACCCUUGACCUUGUGGUUUGUUUGUUUUUUUCUCUCUUUUUCUUGCAGGGCUCACACAUGCUUUAACCGACUGGAUUUGCCUCCGUACCCUUCGUACACCAUGCUGUAUGAGAAACUGCUGAUCGCCGUGGAGGAGACGAGCACUUUUGGUCUGGAGUGAAAGAUUCAUUGACAAUGGAGAGACUAUAUUUUGUAAACAUACUGUGCUUUUGAUUUUCAGUGCCCGUAUCCUCAAGAGACUGCUAUUUUAUAAUGAAAUCUAUCUGAGGAUUCGUUUGGGAUUUGUGUUUGUGAAAUUAUGUUUGUAUUUACCUGAAAAUGCAUGAAAUACCUAAUGGAAAUAUUGUACAUAUUGUAUUAUUAUGGGGAUGAGGAAGGGAAAUAGAGUACUAGUGCAUAGUGAAAACCUGCAUCCAGCCUACAAUGUAGUAUAUCUGACUGAAUUCUCGUGCUAAUGUUCAUGUUACUAAGGAGGCGUUUCGACAUUAUCUUGCUGAUAUGCUGUUAUUGUGCAUGGAGAAUAAAGCAACACCUGAAGUGCAGUUCACCAAUGGACUACAUACUGUAAGAGGACGUGACAUCCACUAACAUCCUUGACUUACAGUCAAAGCUCUGUAAACAUUCCUUCUUUAUUUUAACAUUACUUGAGUCCAAAAUGAUCAUUUUGACCUGUUUAUGAGUGAACAUUAUUCGUAAAAGACACUGAGAUUAAAGGAAUAGGGACACACAUAAUCACUGUGAUCUGAACAACGUUAGGAUCUCAAGUCCCAUCGCUAGCACCUGUUCAGUUACAGCUUGACGUGAUAUUAGAUUGGAAAGCUAAAAUCUAAUUUCUAUCAAUAGCCCGACAAAGAAACUGGUAGUUUGAGCAGUGCAUUAUAUCCCAAGGUCUCACAACUAGGCAGCUGCAUUCAUGAUUUCUAGUUUUUUUUAAGUAGUUCAUGUUCAUAAUGACUUCAGAAUACGAAACAUGGUAAAGAAAAAAGUUGUAACUCUUUCACUGAAAUGAAAAAAGAAAAAACACUAAUCCUAUAGUUCUGACAUCUGUCCUUUUGUGUCCUGUGUACUUUGACUGGACAAUGUGUGCUAAGUCUAUACACAAAAUGAAUUUCAGGGUGGAAAAGGAUUAUAGAAUAAAUAAUCCACCUUGUUCACAUUGUUUGAAUCUACAGUCUGGGCUAGAAAGAAAUCAGCUCCAGCCUCACUUCUCUAUACCAUUCUGUGUACAUUUCUUAUCAGUGACGCUUGGUUCCACAAAAAUCCAAAAUAAUCUGCCUUAAAUCGUUUGUUCACAGCAAAUAAUCUGAUGUGGAUUCCUUAUACUGAUGUCCAUUCAUCAGUUAGCCAGCAGACUGAAAUUAUGAAGCAGUCACCUUUCUCUAUCUUAUGUCAGUGUCCUCUCACUGCAGGAGGUAUAAAGAAAGCAGGAUGAUCUGGGUGAUGUAAGGGAAUUUACAGUAUACCCAGAUUAGCAUCUUAAAUACUAAUCUCUUCAGGAUGCUCUGGUAUUUCCAACUCCAAAAUAACAUCUUGAGUGUUUUCACUUGAGAAUUCUUUCAUGAUAAGUUAAUGAUGUUCAUCAGAUGAUUCAGAUGCACAUUAAAAGGCAUGAUGUUGUUGCUUCAAUUGUCAAUCACAUCUCAUUCUUCAAAAAAAAAAAAAUUAGGACCUCUAUUUGCAAAGCCGAGAAAA